UGUUCCUAUUGUGGUAGGACGGACUUGGGGCUCGGAGCUUGGGCUUAUGCUUAUGCUUACGUGCCGCGGCGGAACUGUGGAGGGGACAAGUUAAAGUAACUUGAUCACCGCCUGCUCGGCCGUCAGCAGCAGUCUGCAGUUGCGUUUAACGUCUUGAAUAUUCCAAAAUACGUGACUGUUCGCGGCGAGUGACAGUUCAUCGAAAUUGUUAUUGCACGCGACUCCAGUUAUCGUUUCCAAAAAUCACCCAACGACAGGCUUGUCAUCGCUCGACUACAGCUCAAUACGCAUUGACGGGCGCUUUGCUGCUGAUGUCUAUGCACAACUUACUGGUUUCACUGUAAAAUAGUACCCUUGUCCAGACAAAUUACAACUUAACCUUUUGGCUGAGUAAGAACGCAAAGGGCUACAACGACCUCAGUUUUAUCGCGGUCGAAACGCCAAAGGAAGUUUUCGAUAGUAACAUCAAGGAUACGACUCGUCUGUUGGAUGAUCAGUGCGAGGUCAAAUUGAUUCAACGACAAGAGUCACAGACAAGAACAGGCAGAGUUGACUUUUGCAAGGGGAAGCUUUAUGUGCGGUUUGAGCGACAAUUGCAAUAAUGAAGCUCACGCAAAAGUGCUUCGUCAACAUAGCUAAGAUGCUCGACUUUUACUCGCAAUUCAAUCCAUCGCCACUGUCUAUCAAGCAGUUCAUAGAUUUCGGACUUAGUGCCUGCGAAAGAAAAUCUUUUAUUUUUUUACGAAAAGAACUUCCGGUGCGUUUGGCUAAUAUUAUGAAGGAAAUUCACCUACUUCCGGACCAUCUACUGCGAAUGCCCAGCGUGGGCAUUGUGAACAAUUUGUACAUCACUUCGUUUGAAGAAAUUCUUCAUUUUGAGAAGGCAGAAGUUAAUGAAAGUACCUUGGACAGAUUCUGUCAAGCUUUGGUCAAGAUCAGGAACAGACACUCUGACGUGGUCCAAACAAUGGCGCAAGGUGUACUAGAGCUGAAAGAAUCUCACGACGUAGAUGCAAUGACGGAGAAUAGUAUUCAGUAUUUUCUCGACAGGUUUUAUAUGUCUCGAAUUUCAAUAAGAAUGCUCAUUAAUCAACACACUCUGCUUUUUGGCGGAGUAUUGAAUGGGCACAACAGACACAUUGGCUGCAUAGACCCUUACUGUGAUGUUGUCAGCGUCAUCAAAGAUGCCUAUGAAAACGCACGCUUCCUGUGCGAUCAAUACUACAUGGCUAGUCCCGAUCUAAUCAUUAAACAGCAUAAUGAGCUGGAAAGUGGCAGCGAAAUAAAAAUAGUAUACGUUCCGAGUCACAUGUACCACAUGCUCUUUGAACUUUUCAAAAAUAGCAUGAGAGCAGUGAUGGAGCAUUGUGGAUCUGAUGCCGAUAACUAUCCUCCUCUAGAAGUGAUACUUGUCAAGGGCAAAGAAGACGUGUGCGUCAAGAUGUCUGAUAAAGGAGGUGGCAUUCCACGCUCGCAGAUGGACAAUUUGUUCAAAUACAUGUACAGUACAGCACCUCAGCCCAGCAAGUCCGAUGCUCAUACUGUACCACUUGCCGGUUACGGCUACGGUCUUCCAUUAUCUCGAUUAUACGCGCGUUAUUUACAUGGUGAUUUGGUUGUACUCAGUUGCGAAGGUUAUGGAACUGAAGCCGUUGUCUAUUUAAAGGCGCUGUCGAACGAAGCAAACGAGCUGUUACCUAUUUUCAACAAAACGUCCUCGAAGUUCUACAGGACACCAAUCUCGACAGCUGAUUGGAGCAGCCAGUGCGGUAAUAGUAUGGCAACUAGACAAAUGUCCAUGAGCCACAAUCAAGGUCACAGACUUCCAAAUGGUUUACAAGCUAGCCACUGCUAGCAUCAAGCCCUCGGUACAGUCGUUGAAUCAGAUUCAGCUGACUGAUAAACGUGUAUUUAAUUUGUUUUUUAGAUAACUUUUUUUAUGUUUCAAAUCCAUUUUUAUCAUUUUUCACAUAAAGCUUAUGUGUGUUUUUCCUCGAUUUGGAUGUUUCAUUGGUUAACUGUAAGGCAUUUACUUUUUUGUUUGCUUAUUUUUUAUCAUAGGAUAACAUAUCAAAAUGUAGUAAAUGAUUGAAAUUCCAAGCCAUUUAUUUUAAAGGAAAUGAAAAAUGCUUUGAUCAAUACACGAAUUGUUUAACGUUCAAUUUUAAACGAUCCAAAUUCAUGUAAGAACAUGAUAUGUAAUCCGGUAGAUUUAUAAUCUUAUAGACUUGUAUACCAAUAUCUGUGAUUCUUCAAACUUAUGUUUGGUAACUGUUACAUGUAUCAAUACUUACUGUUACAUGUAUCAAUGUACAUCAAUAUCUUUUCAAAUUGGAUGACAUUUUUAAUUUAUUCGAUGAUGUAUUUAUAAAAAAAAUUCAAUUAUUAUAUUUUGUGUUAUAUUUUAUCGCAAUGAAUGUUUAAAGCGAAUGUUAAAUAACAAAAUAUUGCUAACGUCACUGGCUAUUGCAGUAAUACUUGGUUUCAAUUUUCUAUUUAUUAUAAACUUAUUAAAAAAAUAGUGCAUAAUAUAUUAGUAAUUAUUUCAAGUGAGGAUUCGAAAAAUUGAUAUGCAGUUCGAAAGUUAUUGUUAUGGAAAAAUAAUCGAAUGAUACCCAAAACUUUGAUAAAAAUAUUCCAGAAUAAAGUUUUCGAACUAGAAGAAAAAUCAUUCUAAAAGUGAAAUUUAAAAUAAUUUAAUCGUCGUAUUCAUACAAAAUAUAGUUUCUUGAUAAAGAGACGCAUAAUAUUUUGUAAAGAUCAAUUAAAAGUGAGUUAAAGAAUGACGAGGAUUUUUAAAAUUAUAAUAGAUUGUUUAAAAAAGAUGUAUUAUAUUUCCUUUAUACAGGUACGGCGGUAUGUUAGAAAUCUGAUAUUGUAAUUGAAUAAAUCUGUUCUUAAUAGAACUGUAUCACAAUCUUUUCUUGUAUGAAUGUAAUUCGCUUUUAAUGAAAUGUUAAUUUCACUGAUCACUGAUUAUAAUCAGAGUAGGACGAAACAGUGCUGUGCAUCAAUCCAUUUAUUAUAUAUAAAUUAUGUAUGUCUUAAGUAUAAUGCAUAUAUUUUUUUUAAUAAUUUACGUUUACAAUAUAAUUCUACAACAAAUAGCUUUAUCUACAUCAAAUAAGUAGGUCGAUACUUGUAAGUUAUGUAAACUAAUUAUUUUGAUUAUGUAUUGAUAAAAAUUAAAUUAAAAAGUUUAAUAGUAACGAAAU